AUGUCCACACCAGCAAAGACGCCUGCAGCUCAGGCUCCCAAGACUACUCCACCCAAGACAGUACCAGCCGCGAAGAAGACAGAAUCGCUUGCUGGGGACAGUGCAGUUGCUACCGCCAAAGACGAUACAGUGAAAGCCAUUGAGAAGCUCGAGAUCAGACAGAAGGCCAUUAACACGAACAACGUGGCGAGAGUCGCAAACUCGCACAUCACGGAUCCCGAGGGUAAAUUGACACCUUUGGUCUCCAUCAAGACGGGCAAGGCUCUGGAGAAGUUUCCGGAGAGUGCUAAAGACAUCCAAAAGCUUACAUUGGUGCAAAUCAACGAGAUAUUGAGCCAGCUAGAUACAGAACGAACAGGCAGCGAGCAAGCGAGACGCGAGCGGUUACGCAUGCAAAUCGGAUUGAAGGCAAUCCCAGCCUAA